UAAAGCACACGAGGGAACACAAGCAUACAUAGAUUACAAACAAUGGACAAUCGAGUUAGGGGGUACAAUAUUAUAUUACAAUUACACAAGGACCUUAAGGGACAUGCAUAUACCUACAAUUCUAACAGCUUUUUUGUCCCGCCUGCCAGAUCUUACAACCUUCACAGGUGACUCUGCGGGACAGGAAGUGAUGGACUUCCGGUGGGGGAGGAGCCGGGGCGAGGAGGGCAUCGCCGUGGUGAUAAACUUCCUGCUGGCUAAUGCCCGAUUGGUCCUGGGAGUGGGAGGGGCUGCGGUGCUGGGCAUCGCUACGUUGGCUGUCAAGAGGUUGAUAGAACGCGCGGGCCGAGCGGCGGAGGACGAGAAGGUGGAGCAGAAGAUGUCAGAGAGCUGGGAGGAGCUUGGCUUAGUCUCCGCCUCCCCCAAGUCCAUAAGGAAGGGGCUGGAGAGUGUGGUCAUGAAACAUGUCGCCAAGGCAACCAAACCACAGAAAGCUGACCUGUGCCAGCCCCAGCAGCAGAAGUCUAGUCUGAAUGAGAAGCCUGUCAACGCAGCAGAGCCCCAGAGACCCAAGAGCCUACAGCUGUCUCUCACCCUGCAGGACCGUCUCCAGCAGUAUUAUUCAACCAGAGCAGCUUUAGCUCCAGAGGUCGUCCACAGAGCUGAGAGUCUCGCUCUAGAUAUCUGUAUAGAGGUACAAGGAUUCCUGCACGGCACAAACCCUGACAUGCCCCUGGGAGAGAUGUCACUGGGAGGGUCCCUGCUCGACGACCUGCAGGUGGUGAGAGGGGACCAUGCGUGCCUGCUGGUUCUCCAGCUGGAACCCAGUCUGUGGAGACUGAUCCCUGGGGAGGAGACUCUCUAACACACCUCUCAUUGGAUCAUACGGGUCAACCUGGAGUAUUUCCCCAGAGGACGCAGCUACUGGGAUAGGUUCCUAGUAGGAGGGUAUCUGUCCUGCCGGGCGCUGGUGAGCAUGCUCAGUAAGGCUCUGAUGGAAACCAUGAACUGGCCGUCUCUCUCCUCCACUCUGGACUGUCUGAUCAGGCCUGUCCUCGGGGGAGAUGAACUGAAACUAGAGAUACGACCAGAGCGAGGUGAUACUCUCUUCAUCUCCGUAGUGCCGGUGCUGAGGGAGGCAGACGUGGUCCUGACUGCCCAGGUAGAGUUAACCCACCCUUGGGAUAGUGCCUGGCACCUCUCCCUCUACCCGUGGGAGACCCGGCGCCUGACCCAGCUCGACUCCGCUGACCAGGGGGUCCGACGCGCCCUCCUCAAAACCCUCAAAGCCGUCUGUCGACACCGUCCCGCCCUGCGACCCCUCACCGCCGCACCGCUGGCCAACCUCAUCCUCCACCUCAGCGAGGACAAGGACCUGGAUUGGUCGGAGGGUUGUCUGAGUGGGCGGUUCCGGCAGUGUGUGUGGGAGCUGAUAGGCUAUGUCACUACUGAUCUGGAGCAGGGGUGUUAAAGGUCAGGCUACUUCAAGCCCAGUGUUAAUAUGUUGGACGGAGUGACUGAGGAAGAGGUCGAUGAGAUGGGCUUUAUGUUGUACUGCGCCGUCUCUGAACCAGACAUUCUGCUGCUAUAGAUAUAUAUAUAUACAGAGAGGAAGAGGUCGAUGAGAUGGGCUUUAUACGUCUAUAGAUCAUAUAGAGAUAUAUAUAUAUAUACUCUAACCUGGUGUAUAUAUCAGAGAGGAAGAGGUCAUGUAUUAGAUGAGAGACA